GUUUGCUGUAGCCAGGCGUCAGAGUGAGCCUGAGCAGAAACCUGCAGCGCUUUUUCUUCCUCCUCUUCUUCUGUGAUGGAAACGGUGUCUAAAGGGAUGGCAUCUGCAAGGCUGCAAACAAGUAAGAGGAAUUUAGCCUUCACCCUUGACACUACACAAGCUACCCGAAAACAAACACAGUCAUCCGUCCCUGAGAUCUAAGAGGACAGAGGAUGGCAGGAUGUGUACAGAUGAACGCAGGGAUGGGAAAUCCACAAGGGUUACACAUAAAGCUGCUGGCAGUGUAUGUGUUGCUGAGCUGGCUUGGCCUGAGGGACCAGUUGGGGGUCAAUGCCCAAAACAAUGAGAGAAGGGUAUUGGCUCAUAUCCCUGGGGAUAUCAUCAUAGGGGCUCUUUUCUCUGUCCACCACCAGCCACCUGCUGAUAAGGUUCAUGAGCGAAAGUGUGGUGCAGUGCGAGAGCAGUAUGGGAUUCAGAGAGUGGAGGCCAUGAUGCACACUCUGGAUCGAAUCAAUGCAGACCCCCUUAUCCUCCCGAAUAUUACCUUGGGCUGUGAGAUAAGGGACUCAUGCUGGCACUCUGCGGUGGCACUGGAGCAGAGCAUCGAGUUCAUUCGGGACACACUGGUGUCGAACGAAGAGGAGGAGAACCAGGGCAAGUGCACUGCAGAGCAAGGGAGCAUGCUAAUGCAGGGAAAGAAGCCCAUUGUGGGACUGAUUGGACCAGGAUCCAGCUCUGUGGCUAUACAGGUGCAGAAUCUUCUGCAGCUCUUCAACAUCCCGCAGAUUGCUUACUCAGCCACAAGCAUGGACCUCAGUGACAAGAGCCUUUAUAAAUAUUUCAUGAGGGUGGUGCCAUCAGAUAUGCAACAGGCCAGAGCAAUGGUGGACAUCGUCAAGAGAUACAACUGGAGCUACGUGUCUGCUAUACACACAGAGGGUAAUUAUGGGGAGAGUGGUAUGGAGGCAUUCAAAGACAUGGCAGCAAAGGAGGGGAUCUGUAUUGCCCACUCUGAUAAGAUAUACAGCAACGCGGGUGAACAAAGCUUUGAUAAGCUGCUGCAGAAGUUACGAGCUCAUCUGCCCAAAGCCAGGGUGGUGGCCUGCUUCUGCGAGGGAAUGACAGUCAGAGGUAUUCUGAUGGCAAUGAGACGACAGCGCCUCGUGGGAGAGUUUCUGCUGGUUGGCAGUGACGGCUGGGCAGACAGGUACGACGUCACUGACGGCUUUGAGAAGGAGGCAUUAGGAGGAAUCACUAUCAAGCUAAAGUCAGCGUACGUGACCUGGUUUGAUGAUUAUUACCUGAACCUGAAGCCUGACUCCAACCUGAGGAACCCCUGGUUCCCAGAGUUCUGGCAGCAUCGCUUCCAGUGCCGGCUGAGGGGACACCCACAGGAGAGCAAUCAGUACAACCGCACCUGCACCUGGAGGGAGUCCCUGCGCCAUCAGUACGCCCAAGACACUAAGAUGGGUUUCGUCAUUAAUGCCAUUUAUUCCAUGGCUUACGGCCUGCAUGCCAUGCAGCUAACCCUUUGUCCAGGAUAUAAGGGUUUGUGUGAAGCCAUGAGGCCCAUUGAUGGCCGAACACUGCUAGAAUUCCUGAUGAAAACCAACUUCACUGGUGUGUCUGGUGAGGCCAUCCUCUUUGACCAGAAUGGAGACUCACCUGGCAGGUAUGAAAUCAUGAACUUCAAACACACUGGUGAGGAGGAGUAUGCUUACAUCCAUGUGGGAAGCUGGGAUCAGGGUGGCCUAAAAAUGAACGAUGAGGAAAUCUGGAGUAAUGAAAGUGAAGUCAUCGCAUCAGUCUGCUCUGAGCCAUGCCAGAAGGCACAGAUAAAGGUGAUCCGUAAAGGAGAGGUGAGCUGCUGUUGGACCUGCACUCCCUGCAAGGAGAACGAGUUUGUGUUUGAUGAGUACACAUGUCGAGCGUGUGUCCUCGGCUCCUGGCCCACAGAGGACCUCACUGGUUGUGACCCAAUCCCGGUGCAGUAUGUGCUUUGGGGGGAUCCAGAGCCAAUUGCUGCUGUGGUCUUUGCCUGUCUGGGCCUCCUGUCUACGCUCUUUGUUACUUCUGUCUUUAUCAAGUUUUGGGACACCCCUGUGGUAAAGUCCUCCAGUCGUGAGCUUUGCUACAUUAUCCUGGCUGGAAUAUGUUUGAGCUACCUGUGCACCUUCAGCCUUAUCGCCAAGCCACACAUAAUCCACUGCUACCUCCAGCGCUUGGGAAUCGGCCUGUCACCUGCCAUGAGCUACUCUGCCUUGGUCACCAAGACCAACCGAAUUGCACGGAUCCUGGCAGGCAGCAAGAAGAAGAUCUGCACCAAGAAACCGCGCUUUAUGUCCGCCUGCGCACAAUUGGUCAUCGCCUUCCUACUCAUACUGCUGCAGCUUGGGAUUAUUGUGGCACUUCUCAUCAUAGAGCCACCGCAGGUGAUCUAUGACUACCCAAGUAUCCGAGAGGUACACUUGAUCUGCAAUCUGACCACACUGGGGGUGGUGGCACCUCUGGGAUAUAAUGGCCUGCUUAUCCUCAGCUGCACCUUCUAUGCCUUCAAGACUCGUAAUGUUCCGGCUAACUUUAACGAGGCCAAGUAUAUUGCCUUCACCAUGUACACCACUUGUAUCAUCUGGCUGGCCUUUGUUCCUAUUUACUUUGGCUCCAACUACAAGAUCAUAACCAUGUGCUUUAGUGUCAGCCUCAGUGCCACUGUGGCUCUCUGCUGCAUGUUUGUUCCCAAGGUAUACAUCAUGCUUGCCAAACCUGAGAAAAACGUCCGGAGUGCUUUCACAACAUCCACAGUGGUGCGCAUGCACGUAGGAGAUGCCAAAAAAGCGGCCAAGUCUGGCAAAUCUUCCAGCAGCAUGGCCAACCUCUUUAGACGCCGUGGAUCAGCACAGGAAGAUAUCAGCUCCAAUGGGAAAUCAGUGCAGUGGACCCAGAAUGAGCGCAGCUACAGACCCAACCUUUGGAAGAGGAUGUCGUUCCACGUGAAGAAAAAAGAAUCAGUUGAGGUGAAUCAGACAGCCAUCAUCAAGCCUUUCUCUAAAGGCGGAGAUACACCUGCAGAGUCAGGUGUCAAUGAGCAGUAUGAAGACCCACAACCGUCUCAGCCCCCCUUCCAGGCAGGAGAGGAUGGAGAGGAAACGUACGUGUCCGAGCAGCCUGCAGCAGUGAGGAGAAGAGGUGGGGACAACGGCCAGGGCGUCGCUAUGGCGGACGGUGGGGACAUUAGCGUCAUCGGCGUGGGCGACAUUGGCAGCCUAGGUAUGAUCGGCGGGCAACCUCAGGGCACCACCAUCAUGGACCAAAUCAGCUGCGUGGUUAACCGUUUCACCGCCAACAUCAGCGAGCUGAACACCAUGAUGCUGCCAGGGGGGGUCACCGUCAGCACCACCUCCACCACUGCUCUCCCUUCACCUACAGACGCCACUAACUGCCCACCUCAGUAUCUUGCAUCCAGGGGCAGAGGGGCUCCCUCCACCGUCACCACAUAUGCCGAGGUCGCCGCCGUCUCCAAUUACUGCGAGAACAGACAGGCGGGUAAGAUUUAUGAGCACCUUAGUAGCAAGAGAGCAAAGGAUAUGGAGGAGCUGGUGGCUUUGACGCCUCCAUCACCAUUUAGAGACUCAUCACUGAGCUCUGACGGCAGCUCAACCCACUCGAUGUCACCGGCCUCUGAGGCUGAAUAUGACCAACUGCUGCUGAGACACUACAGCCAGAGCUCAUCCUCUCUGUAAAUCACCUCUCUGCUUUUUCCUCUCUUUGUUUGUCCUUCAUUUGGAUUUAUUAAUAAAAACAAGAAAGCUUCAGACUCCACCAGACUCUUGGAUGCCUUUCUAUGUGUGGAUAAUCUGAAUAUUUAAGCAUUUUUUCUGACCUAAUACACCUACACAUGCCUCCAAUAUAGAGGACCAAUUCUGCAAAGGAAAAUGUUGAACUUAUUCUCUUUAAAGCCACUGCUUCAUAUUUUGUCUCUGAGACUGGAACAUCCUUUGAGCAUUUUUUGAUAUUUUAAGGAGAGUGUAAACUUUUCAAGCUCCAGAGAAAUUCUGAUUAGUUCAUGCCAUUAAAAAAAAAUAUUAUCAGUCAAAAGGAAAGGUAGUUGACCAAGCAUUUAUGACAAGUUUUCCUAGGAUUUUGGUAAGGUAUCUGAAUAUUUGGCAAAGUUUAGUGCCAUUUUUUACAGUCUUUUCCAUGAUUUGUUGUUUUAUUGUGAUUUGUUUUAAGACAAAAAGAUGUAUGCAGAUGGUAUUCACUCUGUAUCGACGUCUGUCCAGGAAGAAAAACCUUCAAGUAACUUUGCCUGUUCACUUUUCUUUCCCUUCAGGCGAGCAUUUUGUAGAGAAAGUGUACACAUGCUGCGUUUUUCAAAGCAGGAGGCAGAAGCAGAGGAGGACUCCCUCGCCCUUACCUGAAAUGUUUUUACAGAAAAUAAAAUCACUUCUAUCCAUAGCGGACAUCUCAAGGGAACUUAAACUUUGUCUUAAUGGAAACAACUUAAUCAGGUGUUUAACCCACAAAGACCUUAUGGAUGUCUUCUUUAAAUCUUUAUGAUGUGACUGAAUUGAAUGUACAAUAAGCUGUCUUUUGAAGUGGACCAAACUGAUCUUCCACCUCAGGAUGUGUCUGAACCAAAAAACUCUCUAAUGUCAGCUUUGACCUGCCAAACAAGCGCCGCUUCCUGUUUCCACUUUGCAUGAUGUCAAGAUUUGUUUGCACUCUUUAAAGAAAUAUCUUUCAAUAUCUUAUAUGUCAGGCCUAUUAAGAUUAAUAGAUACAGUAGCAAUGUUAUGAUAUAUGAUUGGUAUUUUUGUGUUUUUAAGAUUAGUUUUAGAAGGAGAGAGGAAAACGGGGUUUGUGUUAAAUUUAUUGCAAAAAAUGCUUGCUUCCAGCCUGGCUUUUUACCUACAUACGUACUGUAUGUGCCAGUAUCUCCCUGCUCUAAGUUGCGCUCUGUUUUAUUGGACUCACUUUAAAAAUCCUACUGGGAGCCAUUUCUCUCAAACAUUUCAGGCAUUAGUUUUUAUAUUUCACUACAUUUUUGGUAUGCAUGGACAUAUUCACUAAAUAUUUUCUUCCUGUUUGAUUGUUUUUGUGUCUGCACUUUGGCCUUUCAGCUUAUGUACAUUAAUAAUUGUGUGGAUUCACAGGCUAGCAGAUGCAGCUGAUGGUGUACAUGUGGAGGCGUCUGUUUGUUUAUCAGUCUUUCUACAGUCUUUUUUUCUUUGUUCAUUUACACAGGCAGGAAUGUGUUUUAUUCUGUAUUUUUUACUGGCUUUUUAAUUCAUCAUGGACUAUUGCCAUAUUUGCAUGCAGGUUAGUGCCUCCUGAAAUCAGUAUCAGGUGUAUAUACAACAUUUUAUGCCAACACUUUGGUGGCUAUUUACAGAAGACAUUUGUCCUGGUCUGUGUCUUCAUCUGCCUUUCAGGGUGCCAGAAUUAGUAUUUAGACUUGUGCUACAUUAAAGUUUUACCUAUAUCCUGAAUGGAAAACCUUCAUUUUUACAAUCAUAUGCAAUUCAUCAAAAUUAUACUGUUAUGAGAACAUCUCAAAGUUCAUGUAAGAAAUGUUUGGCUUGUGUUUUUGCAGCCCCACUGGACUAAACAGUGUCUCUAAUCUGCCGUUUUUUUCCUGAACACGUGUAAGUUUUUUUUUUUAUCGGUCCCUGCACUAAUUGUCUCUCAUUGAGACUCUUUGCCAUGAAAUAAGUUUGAAAAGAAAAAAAAAAAAACAGAACUACUGCCAGGCACAGUACUGUGCAGAACUUUAAACGUGUUUGGGCUAAAAAAUUUGGCAUAGAUGUGGCAUGUAAGCUGCCUGAGGGCACCAUCAGGGGUGAAUGAGGAUUGACAAAUCCCUGGUUGUGCUCUGGAUGUCCUUAAAUAUUACCAGAGGCAUGGGAAAAUAAUCUGUUGAAAAAAGCUCAUACCUUUAGGGUGGAGUAAAGAGUGGAUAUGGUGAGUGAGCACAGCUUAGGGUACUGUCUGU